CGUUCCCGGACUCAAGCGGAAGACUCAAAAGACAACCAAGAUGGAAGACGAAUGUGAUAUGCUCGAGUGCUGCCUGUGCGGUGCCCUCUGCGGUGCCUGCUGUGCCUCCGCUGCAGACUCUGGCGACGACCGCCGCCGCAACGGCCGCUACUCGGACGACUACCGCAACCAGCAGCCUGUGUAUGUGCAGCCAGUGGUUGUGCAGCAGCAGCCGGGAUACGGCCCACCUCCAGGACAGCCAGGUUACGCUUCGCCCCCACAGGGUUACGCACCUCCUCCUGGAGAGUACCAUCAGUACCCGCCGCAACAGUACCCUCCGGGACAGUAUCCGCCCCAGCAGUAUCCGCCGCAGCAGUACCCGCCCAAGUACUGAGAAAAUGACGGCGCGACAGUCAAGAGGAAGACUCACAAAUCACUUGACUGAAGAGAGGGAGUCCCCACACACUCGGAAUGGAUCGAACGGACUGAGAAGAGGGGUCACAAGAGAUAAUGAUGCAGUGAAGUUAAUUGUUGAGUUUCGUCUUGAUAAGACGCACUGAAGACACGCUGACGAUGGCGUAGGUGUGAGAUAAACUACUAAGAUUAUAUGAUUGUUGUUGCCUUUA